AUGGCCGCUACCGUUUAUCACUCGGGCGGGAGCUACCCUGUCGUUGCCGGCUGGGGCAUCAUUGACCAACUGGGGGACCGGCUGGAAGAACUGGGCAUCGGCAGUCCCGUCUAUAUCAUUACCGACGAAAACCUGAUGAACCGCUACGGUCGGCGGGCCCAGCGGGCGUUGCAGAAACGGGGCAUCGCCGCGCACUGCUUUAUCAUCCCCGCCGGUGAGCCCAGCAAGACCAACAGCCUGGCCCAGGCCAUCUACGAGUGGCUGGUGGGGCUGCGGGCCGAACGGGGCCACGCCAUCCUGGCCGUGGGCGGCGGCGUGGUGGGCGACCUGGCCGGAUACGUGGCGGCAACCUUCCUGCGGGGUGUCCCCUUUGUGCAGGUGCCCACCAGCAUGGCGGCCAUGGUGGACGCGUCCAUCGGCGGCAAGGUGGCGGUGAACCUGCCCCAGGGCAAGAACCUGGUGGGUGCCUUCUACCAGCCCAAGGCGGUGCUGGCCGACGUCGAGGCCCUGUCCACCCUGGGCAAGCGGGAACUGUCGGAAGGCUGGGCCGAGGCCAUCAAGCACGGGUUCAUCAUGGACGCCAACCUGGUGGACGUGUUCGAGGAGCACGCCGAGGCGCUGAUGAACGUGGAGCCGGAGAUUUCCACCGAGAUUAUACGGCGCAGCAUGGCAAUCAAGGCCGAGGUGGUGAGCCAGGACGAGCGGGAGACGCUGGACAUCCGCAUCCUGUUGAACUACGGCCACACCAUCGGCCAUGCCCUGGAGUCGUCCACCGAGUACGGCCGGUUCAUGCACGGCGAAGGGGUGUCCAUUGGCAUGAUGGGCGCCGCCAGGAUGGCUUGCGAGAUGGGCCUGCACGGCCAGGAGAUUGUGGACCGGCAGUAUGAGCUAUUGCGCCGGUUCAAUCUUCCCACGACCGCCCAGGGGGUCGAUGUGGAAGACAUUCGGAGGGCGAUGUCGCUGGACAAGAAGGUUUCCGGCGGCGCCAAUCGCUGGGUAAUGCUGGACCGGGUGGGCCACGCCACGGUCAGGCGGGACGUGCCGGUGGAGCUGGUGGACCGGACGGUUAGAGAGAUUGUGGGGUAG